AUGUUAAGAAAAAACAAAAUAUUAAUUUUUAAAUACUUUCUUAAUCUCAUUAAUGGAGCUUUCUUGGUUCUUGGACUUUUAUUAUUGGGAUUUGGUGCAUGGCUUUUAUUAGAUAGAAAUAUUUUUUUCACAGCUUUGGAUAAAAAUAAUCAUCUGAUAGUAUAUAUUUUUCAAAUUUUGACUGGAACUGGAUCUGCUAUUGUUCUUCUUUGUCUCUUGGGUUAUUUGGGAAUUCACAAUGAAAUCAGAUGGCUCCUAAUCCUGUAUGCAGCACUGUUAAUGUGGGCCUUUGGUGUUCAAGUUGUACUUUCAGGAUUCAUCUUCACAAAGAAAAAAGAGAUUCACCAAGUAUGGCAUGAUAAAGUUGACUUAAUCAUUGCUGAGUAUGGAUCUAAAGAUAUGCCUGAAGAUAUACCCAAGUGGACUUUUCUGAAUGCCUUACAGAAAACAUUGCAGUGUUGUGGCCAGUACAAUUACACAGACUGGAUAAAGAAUAAAAAUAAAGAAAAUUCAGAGCAGGUGCCAUGUUCUUGCACAAAUUCUACAUUAAGAAAGUGGUUUUGUGAUGAGCCACUGAAUGCAACUUACCUAGAGGGUUGUGAAAAUAAAAUCAACACAUGGUAUAACGCUAAUGCUUUAACAUUAACUGGAAUUAACUUCGGACUUUUGGCUUCAGAGGUUUUGCAAAUCACAUUAACUGUUUCUUUCUUCAGACACAUCAAGAAUAAAGUAUAUGCAAAAAUGUGA